AUGGCACCUACCAAAAGACCGGCCGAGGCCAACGAUUUUGAGCCACCGCAGAAGAGGCGCGGUCGUCCCUCCAAAAGCGAAAACGUGGACGAGAAUCCGGUGGCCACAGAAGCGGCCAAAACGUUGGUUGAAUCCAACGAGCCCGUUGAUGCGAGCGAGAUCGAUGAGCUCGUUGGUUACCUACAUAAACCGCCUGACGGGAACUGGACUGCCGAAGAGGAGGCAGAGGUUGAUCGACUGUGGGACGAGUCCCCCGAGAAGGAGGCCUGGAGCAAGAUGUCCGAGAAGAGCCAUCCCCUUCUCCUGCCUCUAUUCAAGGUCUGUCUCCGUGUUCGCAGGCGAAACCCAUUGUGGCUCAUCUCGCCACCGCAUGGCCUGAGGUACUAUCACCCUCAGGGUGAUGGGUUAAAGCACGUGAUAUAUCUCAAAACCUUCUCCCAGCUUUUGACCCAGCUCAUUGUUCACCCCUGCUUUCGGACCGGUGUGGUCAGAUUGGUCUUUGCUAUCCAAUAUGCAGUAGUGUGCCGCUACGAUGACCGGCGUUCAUGGCUGACACACAACGUGGACAUGUUCUCUGGUCCUGACCUCACCGGGGCUCUACGGGCGUUUCAGAGUUGCGGUGGAAGUCGUCCAGUCCAUGAGAUUCAUGGAGAAGCAAGGGCCAAUGUCGUGGAAGGGGGUGAAACCCUUACUCGUUUCUCUGGCUUGCUAUUUCGCAUUGGCGAAAUAGUCAAAGCCCAAGAAUACCCCCAAGAACAGCCACCCGACGAGUUCUUGACUCAUCAUGGAAGGCAUGUUCUGCCCGUCACCACGGAAGAUCUAGAUGUCAUCCGUCAGGCCAUCGACAACAGUUACAACUGUACCACAGCGGAGGCCCUUGAUGCCUACAAGGCUAUCAAGAAGAGGCAAGAACUCCCCGAUGCAAAGCGGAUCAAAGAGUUCAUGAAGCGAGGUUACAAAGAGCUUCUUCGUUAUUACGUUUUCGACAAGCGGUCUCAGCCCGAACAGGCUAACAAUGACAACGUUCCUCGGCCCGAGGCUGCCGUACCGUCAAUUGAGCAGGAGGCUGAGGAGCAAGAAGAAGCUCCCGUCGUUGGAGCUCCUGUCGACGGGCCUGAGGACGCCCCCGACGAUAGCCAAAUGGCUAUCGACCCCGAGUCUUCGGAUGAUGGCGAAAAUCCUGCCGGUCCCAGCCCUGAGCAAUCGCGACCAGGGGUAUCCGUUGUCGUCCAAGCAUCUCGUCGAGGCAGUACUUCUCCUGAUGACAUGCUUAGACGUGAGUCCGAAAGAGACUCUUCACGGGCUUCAAGUCCGGCAUCGAACCAAGCUGAUCUCCCUCGCCCUCCUCCUCCUCGCAGGAACCAGCUUGGGGAACAGCGACAAGAUACUGGAGGCCUUCGGGGCUUCGGGCUGAGACAACGCGCAGGAACGCCUCGGUUCCCGACUGUCAAUUCGUCCCAUCUCUUUGGACGCCCGGGGCCUCCUUCAUCGGCUUUACCUCUCCUUCUUUCAUCUUAUAAUCGUGAUGAUUAUGAUGGUGCAAUUCCACGGGCCGAGUCCCCUUCUGCCGCAUUCCAAUCUCCAUCGGACAGGGGGUUCCCAGCGCACGGUAGGCCUACCGAUGGAAUGGAGAGAAUAGAUGUCGAUGGCGUCCAGAGGGAGCUCAGUCAAAUGAAAGAGGUAUUGGCCGAGUUGCGACAGAUUGUGACCAACAAUCACAAAGAAACGCAAGACGGUCAGAGAGCCCUUCAGGUUGACAUCAACGCGCUUCGAGACGAUUGUGCAAGCCUUCGGGGUCUGCGUCCAGUACAAGGUGGUCUUACUGGGCAAGCUGAAGGUCCUGGUACUCCUGUGGCCCAGGUCACUGAAGCUCAGGCCACUGAGGCCCAGACCAACGAGAUUGCAAAACUCCGUCGUAGAGUGGCAGAAUUGGAAAACGACGUUUCCGCCGAGAGAUCUCGGUUCGACAGAGCUGACCAACAAGUCCACCAGGAGCAAGAGGCAACUCGUCAGGCUAAGAAGCGAGCCCAGCAAUUGCGAAAGCAAAUCGCAGCAGCCCAGGCUCAUUCAAGCGUGCGCGGGUCAUCCCGUCAACUGUCAUCCGAUAUACAUCAUGAUCAGGAUGAUAGAGACAGCGAUACUGGCGGUUCUGAGGUCUCGGCCUCGCGACAGGUUCUCGCUGAGCACGAGGAGCCUACCCGAGUACAGGUGGCUCUGGAGGAACCUGGACAGAGCAACUGUUCUUCUCUUCCGGGCGUUAGGAAGGGGCUCUCAACCCUUCCUUCCAGGAAGACUACCUCUGUCCGUUAUCCUGUCUCUCAGCGCUUCUUCAAAUAA